AUGCCUCUCAAAGUUGUCAUCAUUGGAUCUGGAAUUGCCGGCACAGCUUCAGCUGCGGUUCUUCGACGUGCUGCGGACGUUUCCAUUAUAGAACGGGGCGAUGCAUCUCAGGUUGCGGGAGGACAGGGAAUCGGCCUCGGCCCGAACGUGAUCAAGAUUCUCGAUUCUCUCGGGUGGGAUUCCAAGCGAGUCCAAUCGGUUGUUUGUAAAGGGCUGCGGGCAUACGAUGCGAAAACCGGAGAUCUCGUCAAGACUAUUCCUGUCGACAACCCUGACCGCUGGGGUGCGAGCUGGAUGGUCCAGCUGAGGGCCGAUAUUAGGAAGGAGUUGAUUCGCCUGGCAACUGAAGAAGGUCCCGGAAACACGCCUACGAUUCGCUACGAGACGAAAGUGACAGAUGUCGACACUGAGAGUGGUACCGUCACCCUAGAGACUGGAGAGCAGAUUGCUUCGGAUGUCGUUGUGGUUGCUGCUGGAAUUCACACUGAAUUGAAGGCAAAGGUUAUUGGUAGUGGAGAUUUCGGAGUUGUUGCGACAGGUCAGAGUAUCUUCAGGUUCCUUGUCUCGGCAGAGAACGCUAUGAAGGCUGUCGGCCGUCUCCAUGAAUGGUGGGAUCCGGAGGCUGGGGGCUUCCUUUCCAUCAUGAGAACUGAUGAUGGGACCAACCGAGCUCUCAUCACUUACCCUUGCCAGAACUUCAAGUACGUGAACUUCAGUUGUGCAUUCCCAAAUCAUUAUUUGAAGCACGGAGCACGCGAAUCUUGGUUCGACACUGGUGACCUGAGCGAGGUCCUUGAAAUCUUCAAAGACUUCCCGCCGCUUUGCAAGCAGUUCAUGCAAUAUGCAGAGGAGAUUCGAGUCUGGGAGUUGCGCGACCACGACCCGCUGCCGACUUACGUUCGUGGGCGUGCUGUGCUCGUCGGAGAUGCCUCCCAUGCUAUGGCUCCAUUCCAAGGGCAGGGUGCUGCCCAGGCCAUCGAAGAUGCCGAAGGCCUUGGGCUUCUUCUUGAUCCGGGAGUGACUCGAGAUGAUGUGCCAAGCAUUUUGAAACAGUGGGAUUCGGCUCGACGACCGAGAGCAUCACACGUUCAACUCAACACGCGCUUGGCCAGCCGGGAGCUGAACGAGGUGAACGCGUGGAAGAACAUGGAGUUCAACUGGACUUACUCGGGUAUCCGCGACGAGAUCAAGAGAGGAACCGUCUCUAACAAUUGA